GUUGGUACUGACAAUUUUCUAUAUAGGAAAGGCCUACAACAACGGCACAUUCAAAUGAUCGCAUUAGCAGGAACCAUUGGAACUGGCCUGUUCCUUGGAUCGGGUCGAGCGUUAGCUAAUGCUGGACCAGCCGGUGUCUUCAUGGGGUAUUUGUUCAUGGGAUUCCUUAUCUCCGGCGUCACGCUUUCCAUUGGAGAGCUCAGCGCCCUCGUCCCUCUCAGUGGAGGUGUCAUCCGUCCAGCUUCUUAUUUCGUGGAUCCGGCAUUUUCAUUUGCGCAGGGCUGGAACGUAACAUAUCAGUAUUUGAUAUCUAUCCCCGCCGAGAUCUCAGCCGCAGCUGUGAUCGUUCAGUUCUGGGUCACGGCGAACAAUGCCAUUUGGGUGACCGUAUUCAGUGCCGUCCUCUUUGCAAGCAACCUAUUUCUGGUGCGGAUCUAUGGGGAAAUCGAGUUCACAUUGGCCAUUUUGAAGGUCUGCUUGAUUGUCGGGAUGAACAUCAUGGGUAUUGUCAUUACAGCUGGAGGAGGUCCAGAUCACACAGCCAUCGGCUUUAAGUACUGGCGAGACCCCGGACCGUUCGUGCAGUACUUGGGCAUUCCUGGGCCGUUGGGUCGCUUCAUGGGAUUCUGGACAGUCUUUGUAAAUGCAGCGUAUGCAUAUUCGUCAGUGGAGACCAUAUCAAUGGCAGCAGCAGAAACCCACGCCCCACGCAGAAAUAUCCCAAAAGCUGCAAAAAGAGUCUUUGUACGCGUGAUGCUGUUUUAUGUUAUCUCCGUUUUUAUGAUCACUCUUUUAGUUCCUUCCAACGAUCCGAUGCUUCUCAGAAGUUCCGGCACUGCUGCACAGUCUCCCUUUCUCAUUGCAGCAACUCGAGCCGGAGUGAGCGUCGUGCCUCACAUUAUCAACGCAAUUGUUCUGACUAGCGCGUGGAGCUCAGGGAACUCGACUCUGCUUAGUGGAUCUCGCAUUCUCUACGGUCUUGCCCGUGAGGGCCAAGCCCCGAAGUUCCUUGCACGCACCAGCCGGUGGGGUGUACCGUACCUGGGAGUGCUUGCCAUCGGAGUGUGGAUGGCUCUCGGGUAUAUGUCUCUCAGCGCUACUGCCGCUACUGUGUUCACAUGGCUACAGGAUCUGGUCGCUUGUGCACAGAUUAUGAGCUGGUUAGUCAUCUGCACUACCUAUCUUCGCUUUUACUAUGCCAUGAAGAAACAGGGGAUUUCUCGAAAUAGACUACCAUGGAAAGCACCGCUCCAACCAUAUGCUGCAUGGGUCACUCUGGUAUCGCUGACCAUAAUUUUAUUGACUGGGGGUUAUACAACCUUUAUUCACGGACACUGGUCAACCGAAACCUUCAUUUCUGCUUACUUGGACAUUGCGAUCUUUGCUACAUUUUAUUUCGGCUACAAGAUCUGGUAUCGAACGAAAAUCAUUUCAUUGGACGAAUCCCCUGUCCUUCGUUUUGUCGAGAUUGCCGAGAAUGACCCCGACCCACCCGAGGAACCAACCUCUACGUGGUCCAAGGUCAAGAUUUUGUGGAACUAG